CAAAAUGUCUAUAAAAUGGAGCCCAACAAGUACCGCUACUGUAUCGCUCGACAUCCGACAGAACCCGAGAUGAGUCUCCUGAAUGCAGCCCUUGUUUGUUCGGUCGUCGUUUCGCUCUCCACGGCCUUUCCCGGGAUCUGGAGGAGGCACCACCCGGACGUAGACCCCCGCUACAAGGAGUGGGCACACUUCGCCAUCUCUUCCCAAGUCGAGGGCAGGACCAACUACGACACGCUCCUCAAGCUCUUGAGCGUCGAGUCACAAGUGAUUGCGGGUGUCGACUACAAGUUCAAGAUGAUGGUAACCGAAUCCACCUGCGUGGUCGGGAAGGACUGGUACAGCAGAACACGCUGCCACCCCAAAGUGGACGCUCCCCACAUGAUCUGCACCGCCGUCGUCAACUACAUUCCCUGGGAGCACACAAAAAGUAUCAAGUACUACAGCUGCGGCGAACCUGUCAACAACUCUUAAAGGUCUGAAAGGCUGCCACCUGUUUCGAACCAAAUGGGAGGCUCUACUUUAUUUUACAGGAAGAACGGCGAAUAAAUAAAUCAAUAAUGAAACUACA